GCCAGGGUUUAGAUUUCAUCCAACGGAGGACGAGCUUGUAGAGUUCUACCUUCGCCGUAAGGUAGAGGGCAAGAGAUUCAAUGUUGAACUCAUCACUUUUCUUGAUCUUUAUCGUUAUGAUCCUUGGGAACUUCCUGGUAUACUUUCGAUUCUCCCUUUCUUUACUUAAACCUAGCUAUUUAGCUAUCUACCUACCUUCAGUUUACUUCGUCUAUUUAUUCAUUCUGCUAUGAUUCUUAUCAGAUCACUCAUUUUUUCACUACAAUUUUCUCGUCACCGUAAACUAAACUGCCAUCCUCAUCAUCAUAUCAUAUCGUGGUCCUCUACUUUUUUAUCCGGUGAAUGAGGAUGUGGGUGUCUUUCUUUCUUGACCAUUUUUUGUGGGUAUUUAGUAGAAUUUAGUGUGUUGUUCUAAUUUUAAAUCUGUAGUAGUUGAAUUUGGCCAAAUUACACGUAUUCGUCAUCGGCAUAAUCACGUUUCAUCAUGAGUCAUCACUCUCAUCUCCUUCUGGUCGAGCUAAUGAUGAUGCAUGCGCAAUUUUCAAGGGUAUUUUCUAGCAAUUGGAGAAAAGGAAUGGUUUUUCUAUGUUCCAAGAGAUAGGAAGUACCGCAAUGGGGAUCGCCCAAACCGUGUGACAACUUCGGGUUAUUGGAAGGCCACUGGAGCUGAUAGAAUGAUCCGAACUGAUAAUUUCAGGUCCAUUGGGUUAAAGAAAACACUCGUUUUUUAUUCUGGAAAGGCUCCCAAAGGCAUUCGAACAAGUUGGAUCAUGAAUGAGUAUCGGUUGCCUCAACAUGAAACGGAAAGGUUACAGAAGGCCGAGAUUUCACUCUGUAGGGUCUACAAACGAGCUGGAGUAGAAGACCACCCAUGUCUCCCUCGCACCCUCCCAACGACUAGGGCUUCAAUAUUUUCUGCAAGAGCUUCUAAUGCGGACAAGAAGCAACAUUCAAAGAACUUGUUAAGUUUCCAGUCCUCCUUGGAACAACAACAAGGCCAAAGUUCAAACCAGCAAAAUGACGAAAAAUUAAGCGAAACGAGUGGUAGUAGCACCACGGACAUUGUUGGAACCGCUCUUGGCCUCUCCAGUCCUAUCAACCCCUCUACCUACAACAACUUUAUUACUUCAUUUCCGGCCAUCACCACCACACUUCCACCACAUGUACAUCUACAUACGGCCUCUUUGGUCUCCCCAACCGCCUCCACGUCCUCCUCGGUAUUCCCAACCACUGUUGAUGAUCUUCACAGAAUUCUAAGCUAUCAACAAGCUUCUGUCAAUAAUCCAUCAUCUCAGGCUUUUCAUCAUAUCCAAAAUUAUCAACAUAAAAUUUCUACUACUUUUCUACCACAACCACAACCACAUCAACUGCCACCACAACCACAAUCACAGCAUCAACUGCAAAUGCAACCGCUUUCACAAGGACUUCUUGCCCUUAAUAACAUGGCAGGAGAGGUUCACGUCACUUUUCCUGAUAGGUUUUGGGAUUGGAAUCCCAUGCCCAGCUGCGAGGGAAGCAAGGAUUAUACCAACUCUUUCAAGUAAUUAUAUAAAUAUAUAUAUAUAUAUAUAUAUAUAUAUAUAUAUAUAUAUAUAUAUAUAUAUAUAUAUAUAUAUAUAUAUAUAUAUAUAUAUAUAUAUAUAUAUAAUGAGGAACUUAAAUUAAAUAGUAAGAUUCAUGAGAGACUAUCAUUUUUAAUAUUGGCUUUCAUAUGGCCAUGCUUAGUUGGAGACAAUAUAUAUGUGUAAGCUAAUUGCAUAACUUGUAGCAUGUCGUAGCUGACAUGCUUUAUGCUAAUUCGUAAUAUUUUAAAGACAUAUGUAUUGCAUAAUAGGGUUUGGAAAUUAUGUUUCUUAUGGCUUGUGUCUUUGUGAUCCA